CGAAUCCCCCUUCUGCAGCGACAUACCAGCCACCGAAGCAAUUGAGCCUCUCCACUCCCACGCCAUCGUCGAGCCCCGAACCACCGAAAAUGUUCCCGCAGCGACAGAUCCUGCGCUCCGCGCCGCGCUUCCUGCGCUCCCCCGCCGUCCAGCGCCGCUUCAUGAGCUCGCCCGCCCCCAAGGCCGGCGAGAACGCCUUCAUCAAGGAGCGCGAGGCCGUCAAGCACCACGCCGCCGGCACCACUGAGCUCUGGAAGAAGAUCUCUAUCUACGCCUGCAUCCCUGGGCUCGCCCUUGCCGGCGCCAACGCCUACUGGCUGUGGUCGGAGCACUGGGAGCACUGGUCUCACUUGCCCCCUCUGGAGGAGCGCACCGAGUACCCCUACCAGAACAUCCGAACCAAGAACUUUCCCUGGGGAGACGGCGACAAGACCCUCUUCUGGAACGACUCGGUCAACUACCACAACAAGGACAAGACCACCUAAUCUGGGGACGAGUCUGUGUCAGAUUAUGGAAGAGCUCGCCAAGUCUGGCGUGGUUAGAUAGAGCGCCGGAGAACCGUCGCAGACAAAUCGACCUGUACAUGUUUCCUAGAGUCACAGCAAUCGAUCUUCAAAUUUACAAA